AUGCAAUUAUUACUGAUAUGCAGAGGAUACAGAACCACUUCUACAGCAGCACUUCAAGUGCUUGCUGGUAUACCACCAUUAGACUUACAAGCAGAACGGGAAUCCCUAUUGGCAAGAGUGCUGAGACUGGAUGAGAAUGCAACAUUAUGGAAUCAGAACUAUUAUCACACAGACUAUGAAAAGCACAAACCAGUUCUUUUAGGGCACCCCGCAGACAUAGACUUGUCCGAUAGCAUCCAACUUGUGUACGCAUCUUCAAAAAAGAACAGCUUCAGCCUCUACACGGAUGGAUCCAAAACAGAGCGAGGCGCCGAUUCAGAGCAACAAUCUUCAGUGAAUUUGGCCUCUAGCCUGGCAGCGAUUAGAGGAAAUAAAAGCAGGAGCUCUUAUGUACAAGAGCUGAAAAAAAUUCUUUUGCAUUGCCCUCCCUCCUUACGUCCACACUUGGUCUGGGUCCCAGCUCAUGUGGGCAUCACAGGCAAUGAAAAGGCAGAUGAGCUUGCCAAAUCGGCAGCAAAUGAUAAAAGCCUGAGAGAAUAUCCUGUGAAACUCCCAACCUCUUAUCUCAAGAGAAGUACUCUUGAAAAUUUAUUAUGCCAGUGGCAGGAAAGGUGGGACUCAGCACCCACGGGUAGAAGGACCUACUCUUUUUUUCCAAAAGUGGGAACUGUAGCAAAAGUCACGAACGGUGCACAGACCCACUUUUUUUCUGGACAUGGACCAUUCCCUACCUAUUUAAAGAGGUUCCACUUAAGCGGAACAGAAUUCUGUGAAUGUGGAGAGGUAGGUGAUCCAGAUCACUAUCUCUUCCAUUGUGCAUCCACCAAACCUUAUCACCUGAGGAGACCAAGUGAUUUAUUUUGGCCACAAUGGGCAGAAACAAUCUGCAAGAAUAGUAUUGCUAAACGCAAAUUGAAUGAGGUAUUAAAGUACUGUGCACAGAGUCAUGCAGGCAUAAACAGAGCGAACACUUCAGAAUAA